UAUGGACUACCUGCCAGAAAACAACUCCAGGUACAAAGACGUCGCCUACUGGGAUGAAAGAUACACGAUGGAGCAGUGCUAUGACUGGUUGGGGGGUUUCUCCAAAUUCCAGCACAUUCUGGAAAGAUUUGUAAAGAAAGAGGACUCUAUAUUGAUACUGGGUUGCGGAAACAGCAGUAUGAGUGGUGACAUGUACAGCGCCGGCUAUCAUACUAUUGCCAACAUAGAUUAUUCAUCUGUGUGCAUCAGGACAAUGAGCGCCAGGUACAGUCACUGCCCAGGUAUGACAUGGCAUCAGAUGGACGUGCGUCAGCUCUCCUUCCCGGAUUCCUCCUUUGAUGUCAUACUAGAGAAGGCCACCCUGGAUGCCAUCAUGGUGAAUGAGAAAACGCCUUGGGAGGUUUCAUCUCAAACUGCUUGUUCCAUUCACCAAGCACUCACAGAGAUCAGCCGCUGCCUGAAACCUGGAGGUCGGUUUGUCUCCGUUACCUUCGCCCAGCCUUUUUUCAGGAAACGGCUCUAUGCCCGUACGGAAUAUAAAUGGUCCAUCAAACAUCAAAGUUAUGGAGAAGGCUUUGAAUAUUUUGUGUAUGUCAUGACCAAAGGGGAGAAGCUCAGCCCGGAAGAUGCAGCUCUGGAGAAAAAGCUGCUGCAGGACACCGAAUCUCCACCAACCAGGAUUACUACAAUAACAAAUGAUGAUAAGGAAGACUUCCUGGCUAAUAUUGACCUGUAGGGUGACUCUGAUAUGUAGGAUUGCCUUUAUAAGUAAUCUUUAUAUUGUGAUUUUUUGCAACGGGAAACUGUUAACCAAAUUUCUGGCCUUACUGUUUUUAUGUAUUUAUUAAGAAUUUGUAAGGAGUAACUAUUUUAUACUGUUUGAUGUACUAGAUAUUAGUUUUAAAGUCAAAUUUUAUCAAGAUACCGAUAUAUAUUUGGAUAAAUGUUCUGCAAAUGUAAUUAAGAUGUUGUAAAGAUAAGAGAACUGCUGUAUAAAUGGUAAUUGAAAUCCAUAUUUUAUCUAAAAGUUUGAGACAAAAUCCUGCGUCUGACCAGAUGUAUUCACAAUAGUUUAAUAGACAAAUGUGUGCCUUUUGUCGUUUUGAAAACAUGAUUAACAAAUGUUACUCUUAAUACAUUUCUCAUUUGCAAAGAAAAAGA